CACAAUAGUAGAAUUAGUAGUCACGUUGAUGAAAUAGGGUUUCAUUGCUGGUCCAUGUGUGUACAUCCGCAGCGGUCCCAGGGGCCGCCUUACCAAAUGAAUCACCGUACUCGGUAGCAAUUGUUCCUCCCACAAGGCUGUGAAUCUCGGGACUCUUGAAACAUUCGACACAGCUCACUCUUGCUAUUCUGAACAAUCCUUCUGCCUCUCCUUGGAGGCCUGUUGCGUUCAGCCUUCGACAUGGGGAUUUGGAUCUGGUUGCUAGCCUUGUUGGCUGUUUUCAACAUAAAAAAUAUUCCGUUUUCCUGGAGUGUUCGGUUCUUUCGCGCCCUCGGAUGCGGAAUGCUUCUUCAUCGAAAAGCCAAAGCUAUCUUCAAGCCCCAUCACGUUUUUCUGCCAGCAGUGUCAACUACCCGAUCACCAUUGAUGGAGAUAGAUUUCAACCUCCACAAGUCCAACUCGACCUUCUUCACCGACCUGGACGUUUCCCGGGCAUACCUCAGCGGUGUUCUCCUUGGUCCUUUGUUCCUGCAUGGGAUCGAUGGCCAGCGCUGUAACAUGAUUGUGGGGAAUGUCGCAUGUUCAUUCCGCCGAGAGAUUAAACCGUACAGACCGUAUGAGACGUGGACCAGAAUCGCCAGUUGGGACGAGAAAUGGAUAUACAUGGUCACACACUUUGUCGAGAAACGCACAGACAGGCCCGCUCGAUGUGCUCUGCUCCCAGAGACCAAGACUGUCCUUGAUGAGAAGCCCACAGUGUCGGAGGGACAGAAAGGCGAUAGAAUCGUAUUCGCUUCAGCAGUCACGCAAUUUGUGUGUAAGAAGGGUCGGAUGACGGUGCCGCCAGCGAGAGCCUUGGCUGAGUGUGGCCUUAUCCAAGUCGAGAAACAACGCGACGAAGGGUUGGACCUAGACAGCUUGCGGAACGACCCGAGUCUGAUGCCACAGUCGAGGGUUAGCAGCGCUGGCCGCUCUAAAGGAUCUCCAGCUGAAGACCUUAACUCGUACUUGCCGCGAGAUUUGGAGAUGGUCAGGGCUAUCAACAUGCCAGUUGUGCGGCUAAUAGAAGGGUGGGAUCGGGUUCAUGCCCUGUUUUGCGAGGACGAAGGUGUUCUUGGACUGCAUCGCGAUGUUAUCUAGCUGCCUGAAUCAUGAGACUCCAGCAUCGGUUGCUGUGCACAAAGCUUCAUGAGCUGGAGAAGUCAUCAAUCACAGACUACAUUUCAAUUAUGUGGCCCGAGGUAGCCUGGGCGAAUGGAAGGUCUUCGAAGCCG